AUGUCAGCCAGCCUCUUCCCAGCCCACCAGCGCCCGGGGCUGCACGGCAGAGCCCCGCAAGUGCCCUGCCCGGAGGGGCUGCUGGGCGCCUCGGUGCUGGACUUCGUGGCCGACCUCUCUCUGGGAGCCCCCCAGGGUCCCCCCCGGGCCGGGCCAAGCCUGGGGCUCUGCGAGGUCACCACCGGGUCCCCCUUCGGGGACAGAGCCCUGUCGCUGCGGGAGGGGAUGGCCCGGGGGCUGCCCCUGGCUGCCUUCGGAGAUGGAGAUCCCGAAGACGAGGAGGAGGAGGAGGAAGAGGAGAGGAUGCGGAGCGCUUCCCUCCUGGACAGACCCAGGAGAAAACGGGUUAUCACCUACGCCCAGCGCCAGGCUGCCAACAUACGGGAGAGGAAGAGGAUGUUCAACCUCAACGAGGCGUUUGAUCGGCUGAGGAAGAAGGUGCCCACCUUCGCCUACGAGAAGAGGCUCUCCCGGAUAGAGACCUUGCGCCUAGCCAUAGUGUACAUCUCCUUCAUGACCGAGCUCCUGGACGGCUGCGGCAGGCAGGAUGCGAGCUAG